GGAGCAGCUGUUGAACCUUCAGCAUGCGAAGAAGCCUUGCCUUCCUCCUUCUGCUGCUGCUGCUUGCCGGCGGCGGCGGUGGUGGUGGAAGUGGUGUCGAGGCCGUUGCCAGGACGGACGACUCGGGAAGUUGCGACAUGACCAUUGAUGAGAUUAACAAAGUUGCCGAUGCUCUGUCCAAGUUCGUCCUCUGUCUCACAACGUAUGGCUCGCCAACCAGUUAUUGCGAGAUGUGCCAGGCAGAGAAGAGGCGCGUCGAUACCGUGUAUGAUCAGAUGCCAGAGGACUGCCAAUCCUUUGGCGUCUUCAAACAGCUGCAGGAAAGCCUCAUCAACUCCACCAGCACCACAGCGGCGCAGAAAAGCACAGCCAUCUGGGACUCGAGCAACUGCGACGGGUGCCUGGACUCUGAUUUGGACAAGCUGAACAGCAAGCUGGCAGACUUUUACACAUGUCUGCAAGGCAACUUUACCUCUGCACACAUGUCCAGCCGCCUUCCGAGCGACCACAAACCCGACGAGGUCUGUGUCAGGUGCGCCGACGCGUUCGAAAGCAUCGACAAGUUCCACAAGUCCCUUCCGCUGAAAUGCCGAAGCAACGUGGAUGUUGUUGACAAGUACCAUCGGCUGUUGCAGUCCUGGUCGCUGCACGACUGCACCGUUGUUCGCGUAUCUCGCGACAUCAUGUACAUGGUCCUCAGCAUCGCCGUCGUUGUUCCCGUUUCCUUCUACUGGAGCGUCUACCUCGUGUACCGCAACUCGCACUCAAGUGAGGAGUCGCACUCCAUGGCGCCAAGCGUGUCUGCGCUGUCACUGUCCAACACAUACGGCAACGGCCCCUCGUCCUCCACCUCCACUGGUGCUGGUGGCUCUCGUGGUGGCAGUGGUGGCGUGCAUCGGCGUCGCUCUGGCGUCAGCACCGGGUACCACUCCACGGCAGCGCCGACGCCGCCCGCCAUGGCUGGGCGCAACGCCGUCUCGGACACGGGUGCCGCUGUUGGGGUGAUGGUGGCGCGGGGCUGGCGGCAGGACAGCGACGUGCUGACCAUGCUGGAGGGCGCGGUGAUGGACGAACACGACUCGCUCGCCCCAGGUUGGUCGCACAGCGACACGGGCGAAGGCAGCCCUGCCCUUGAUUUCUUCCGCAGCGACACAGAAAUGGAUGCUGACGCGUCGCCGAGGUGGGUGGCGGACGAUGCUGGCAGCCCGUCCAGCUACAGCCGCAGCUACCACCCGGACCACCAGCACCGCCCCCGCACUGAUGCUGCAGCCGACGGCCUGUUGAGAAUAGACAGCAUUGAGGCGUUUGAGCACUCCAACGAGCCCGUCCCAACGCAGCUGCUUGAGGGCGAUGUGCCCUCGCCGCUGCGGAGUGGCAGUUUUGCUCGCAACCCGUCCCCGGCCAGCGCAAGGUACCGCGACGCUGGUCGCCGCCCGCAUGCCGGUGAUGGCGUCGGCGACGUUGCAGACACGUGUGUGAGCAGCGAUGCAGGUACCAUGUACGACAGCGACGGCGGUGGCGAUGUUGUUCGCCGGAGCCGCGGGCGCACGCGGAACCGCAGCACCACCAGCCGCGAAGACAACAGUGCAGCCGAUGGCGCGAUUGACGGCGUUGCGGUUGAGGUGGGCACGCUUGUGGCGACCGAGGACACCACCGUCACCGUCCAUCGGAUGGACGCCCUCCCAGAUGCCGCUGACGAUGAUGGUGGCGAUGUUGGCGGCGAUGAUGGCGCUGCUGGUGAACUACUGCCAGCCACAGACGACAACCAGCAACAGCAAGACGGAGGAGAACGAGGAGGAGGAGAAGCAGAAGACGCCAUAUUAGAAGAACCGCAGCAACAACAGGAACCACGGCGACCACAGGAACCACAGCAACAGCACCAGCAAGGGGCAGAUGUGGCGUUGGACGUGGCCAGGUCUCCACCGCCGCCAGCCCGCUCGUCGGAAGCGUCGUCGGAAGCGUCGUCGGAAGCGUCACUGUCGAAGCAGGGCACCAGGGCGCUGGCACCACUGCGCACGCCACCAGAUGUGGGCAGAACUUCAAUUGCAAGCGCAACAGAUGAAACGGCAGCAACACACGUGCACGUGCACAUUGGUGUCGCUGGAGAUGAUGGUGAUGAUGAGCAAGGGAUGCAGCUGCGCACACGCCCAGGGACGGCACACCAAGGGGAACGCGACACACCGCAGGAACGAGUGCUUGGUGAUGCUGUAGAAGACGUGGGCACAUCAAGGGGCGAUGCGUUUGAAACCGCAGAUGGUGACGACAGUGGGGCGGACGCCAGCGAUGCCACCGACAGCGAACGUGAUACUGAUGAUGAUGAUGAUGAUGAUGAUGAUGAUGAUGAUGAUGAUGAUGGUGAUGAUACUGGAGGGGGUAAUGAUGAUGACAGCGGCGGCAGUGACAGGCAGUAGUGCGGUUGAUGCCACGUCACACGCGUGUGCUGUGCGCCUCACGCACUCCACAUGCUCGCUUCGUCAUUGUUGUUUUUGUCAUCGCGUUUACCGAUGCUUUUUUUUUUCCUUCCUUCCAGUGUCCACCCAUCGCUAGCCUUAGAACCAGGACCACCACUCUCGUAGUUUGUUAUGUUGGAGAGAACACGUGUAUCCGGUUGUAGUGGUCGUUUUGUUCAUUGCUCCUUCGUUUAUGUAUCUGUUUGUUUGUUUGUUUUGUUUUGUUUGUUGAUCUUGCGUUUCGUUUGGCGGAGGCUUUACUGCACAUGGACGUGAGGUACCACCUACCACCACAUGGGCAAGCGGGACUACCGAGCAACCAAGACGUGUGUGCCCCUCCCUCUCCCUCGCGCACGCACACACGUACACAUUCACGCAUUCACGCUGCAUUUCAUAUGUACGCUCGUUCCGCACCCCACCCCAAGUCCCCUUUCCCUAUUCCACAAACGUUUACCCCAUCCAUCGUUGACCAUAACGAGAAAAUCGAUUAGAACGUGCUACCGCAA